CACACACGCGCGCACACAGACAUAGGACAGCCCAGGAGCCACACUAUGUCAUGUGCUUAGCGGUGUCGAGAGGAACAGCAAACAGUCGUCCACUUCAACAAACCAUCAUCGUUAUAUGUUACCAAUGACUCAAGAAGAUCAAGUAGUGAGCCAUUUGAUCCAGCAUCCUGCUAGGCAAGCUCCUCAGUCCCCACAGGAGGGACCCUCAUCCACUGGAGGAAUGGAGACCGCACGCAGGAGAUGGGUGAUCCAACCGCUGUCCCCUAAACUGGAACCAACAGAUUUAAGGAGCAUUCUCGCUUCCAGCAGAGAGCAAAGUGGCCAGGAGAGGAGAUGGGCCAUCAACAAUGAGCAAAAGCAGAAUGGCUCUCUUACCUUGGUGUUCCCUCAGCACUCAGUAACUGUGACAUCGCAGAAGAGUGAGCAUAACCAUGAUGUGUUGGUCCGGACCAGUCAGGUCCAGGUGUCUGAGGGGGACAAAAGCAGGAGCUGGGAUGCAAGCUGUCCCAGCAGUCCUAGUAGCGCUAGCAGCACCGAGUCCCAGAAAGGAUUCUACUCCUUCGUGGAUGAAGAGUCAAACCCUGAAGCAGAGAAAACAGCAGCUUGGAUGGCCUCCCCGGAGAGACAGGCCAAAUUGGCAACUUUGAAAGAGGAAAAUGGUUUUAAGUUACAGGCCUACAGUGAAGAGAGAAAGCCAGAGAAACUGUUUCAGGACAGCAACGAUGACUCGCGCUAUCAGAUAGAAGACGCAGAGGCUGUGGAGCGAGAUGAGAGGAAUGAGAUGCAAGAAAGGCUGGAGAUCAUCCGCAGCCAGGCCCCCAGGAAGAAGCCCACUUUCACAGAGCAGUUGGGUGCACUUGAAAGCGUGGACCUGAGCAACUCCUCGCAAAUGUUGGAAGGGCUUAGUCUCUGUUAUAGCCCCUCAAGUGCAGAGAAAAGCCACACGGGGGCUGAGCCUUCCACCACUGACACGGAAAGGAUCAGCUUCAAUGCAGCACGGCAGCAAUUCCUGAGCAUGGAACAGAGUACGUCCAACUCUUUCCUUCAAAGUAGCCAGCAGCUUCCCUCAUCUAAAAGCCAGGAAAAACCCUUCCAAGCAGAUGGAAAGUUGGUUACGUCAAGGAAAGGUACUUGUGACAACCCUCCUGGAGGUCAGCCGAUAAGUCCAUCCUUUGACCUUGAUUUAGUGCAAAAUAAAUUGUUUGGAAGCAAAAGGGUGACUGUGUACACCUCUGAAGAAAAAACAAACAUGAAUCAAAGCUGCCUCCCUGACAACCUCAACUCUGAGUCGCUGUAUUCUCCAAGUGAACAAUGUAUCCUUCAUAGUGAUGACUCCAACAAAGUUUUGGGGCAGGAAGAAACUGGUAGUGGGCCUUCAUCCCUGGGUAUGACAGAGACACCCAUUGAGAGAGAGAUACGCGUUGCCCAGGAGAGGGAGGAGAGUUUGCGGCGAGAACGAGGCAUAAAGCAGACUGAUACAAAGGAGAUGGUGGAAAUUAAGACCAAGCCUUUAUUCUCCCUGGCAGGCCCCUUUGCAGUGCCGCUCAAGGCAAAGGAGAAAAACAGAGUGAGUUUCUUCAUCCAGCGGGAGAUUCAGAUGGAGAGCCAGAGGGAGGUGGACCUUCAGAACCAGGGCAAAGUGCCAGGUCUUUAUGACCGUGGGACACCCCAGGAGCUCGAGGACCGAAAGAGGGUCUUUGAGCAGCAAAGAGAUCUGGUUCCAGUGAUGCCCAACAAGACAAGUGUCCCAGGAAAACAGGCUGAUGUUAUGCAGGCCGAAACAGGAGCUGAAGACAUCACCAGGACUUCACAGACUGCUGUACUAGAAGAAAAAGAAAAGAGCAGUAUGUCAGCAGAAGAAGAAGUCUUGCCUCCUUGCUGUCCUCACAGGCACCCUGAUGAGAAGGCUCUACAGCUCUUCAAUACCGGGACCAUCUUAGAAACCAUUUCCACGAAGGAGGGAAAUCCACACACUCCACAAGACCUGUUCUCCCUGACCAGGGAAGAUAACAUCAUCGCUACAGAUGGUGCAGGAAACAGAGUCGCAACUUCCUGGACCCCAGCUGUUGCGAGGACUGCAAACACAAAUGCGGUAAACUCAGGCGAUGUCCCCUCUUGGCAGGAAGCAAACAAAGGAUCAACUUCAGCAAGAGGCAAUAAUUCUGCAAGGUUUACCCCUUUUCCUUAUACCCCUCUCUCCACACCUACUGGUUCACCUUCACUGAGCAGCAGGCCAAUCUUACGUCAGACUGGGCACCACGAGAGGUUCAACCUGAGGCCCCGCAAGGUCCAUACCCCUGAGGCGAUCCGCAGAGAAAUUGAGCAAGACCUGAAGCGAGAGGAAGAGCUCAGGAUGAUGCGGGAGACCAGUGUUCUUUCUACAUCUCAAGAUGUCCAAGAUAGGGUGAAUCAGCAAGAACUUUCUACAGAUGAUGUAGAGAAUGAGACCCCGCAACCUGUUUUAAAAAGUGAGACCCCUAAAGUUCUGGUGUUGAAGGAGGAAACCGAAGAAAUGAAGGAACAAGUCACCCGCGAGGAGACAAGCAAGCAAGCAAGCGACCUGUCCUUCUCCUUGGAAUCAGACACUGUUGAUCAUCAGCAAAGAGCACCAACCACCUCCAAGGGGCCAGAAAAGGUGACCGACUGGAGCACCCCAGUUCCAAGUCCUCGCCUGGUUCCCGGCUUCCCCUCUGUCUCCAUUGUCACAGCCCAGCCCUGGAGCUCCCCACGGCUCAACUCCUCCACCUUGACCCAGUUCGCCGCCCUGAAGCCGCAGACCGUGAGGUCAGAGACCGGGGUCUCCCGAGCUCAGAAGGGUCUCACUGAAACCCUGCUGGAUGACUUUGAAGAGAGGCGCGUCAGAAUGAAAAUAGGAGAGAAUGCGUAUGCUGGAAUCCAGCCAAGUGAUGAUGUGAACAAUGAGGUUCUGGAGGCCACUCGAGUCACCAGGCACAAAAGCACGCGGGCUCUCCAGUGGGAGGCAGGUGUGUUUGCCAACAAGGGAGAGGACUGAGUCGCUCGCUGCUAAGUGGCUGUCAUCACAGCAAGCAGAAGAGGAAAACGCAUCUCACUGCCCUCAGUACUGCUCUUAGACAUCUUCACCCUCUCCAUUCUUGCCACCUUCAUCUCUUUGACCCACCUUUUGUCCACAUGUUACUGAAAGCCUCUCUAUGAAUGCACCAGUUCAUCAGCGCUCUCUCAGCACAUCAGGACCUGGAAAACAUUUGAAUUAAUUCCAGCUUCAACCAGUUUCUCUUAUGGGAAGUUACAAAGAUAACCGCCUCAAUACUUAUUUAUUUUAAUCUUUCACUUCCUGAUAGUGGCAGCAUCAUCUAAGAACUGGUCUCACAAACACGGGAGCAAUUUAAUCAGUUGUACAAGCUGAUAACACAGAUGUGUGUUUUGACCAUCCACUGACUGAUCAUUAGAUUGGAGAAUCUGGAUUUUAUAGAAUGAUAGUCAACUUGUACAGGAGUUUCAUAAUGCGUGAAGUGAAGUGUAGUCAAGCAAAUCUAUGAAAAAAAAAAAACUUUUAAAGAAGUCUUUAACGUAUUACGAGUAACAAGCCACCUAGAAAGGCGGAGUUUUCUGUGUUACUUCAUUCAACAUGCCAACAAAAUCCAGUCCAUUUAAAAGGUUUGUGAUGGUACAGACAUGUUUUAAUUCUUAGUGUAAUUGCAAUGGUGUGUGUUUUAUUGGUUUGUAUCAGCAGCAGCAUUUUUAUGAAGGUCUUUUGGUCAUGGUCUACCUGGAAUGCCAGAGAGGAGGGAUAAGGAUGUGUGAAACACUGCCCCUAGAGGCAAAGUGAGCUUGAGCUUUAAAAUAUAAUAAAUGUAAGAUAUACCCAUAUAAAAAAUAUAGUAUAGUACUUAUACACCUUUCAGUGAUUAAUAUAAGUAGAGUCUGGACUUGAAAUGUACUUAAAGGUAAUUAACGAAAUAAGCAGUGCGAAGAGGCAAUCUAAUGAUUUACAGUCAUUUAGUCCAUGCACUUAGAUUUGAAACAGAAUGUUUCACCCGUUGUGGUAAAAAUGCUUUGGCUGUGGCAUAUAAAUCACUUAUGGCUUAAAUUUCACUUCCUUUUUGGUUACUACAAAAAGGUUAGGAAGUG